UGAACACUCCCGCGCUAAAACAAAUGAUGCUGACCAGGUAGGCGGAAGAGUGAAAGCUGCUAAAACCAGUGGUUAUUGGUUGCUUUUCCUCGGAACUAGAAUACUGAAAGAGAUCCAAGAUGUCGACGAUUGAAAAGAUGACAAUCCAAGGAAUUCGGAGCUUUGGUCCGGAUGACUCGGAAAAACAGAUGAUAGAAUUUUACAGUCCUUUGACGCUCAUUCUCGGACCAAAUGGAACAGGGAAAACUACUGUUAUAGAAUGCUUGAAGUACAUGACUACAGGAGUGAUGCCUCCAGGAUCAAAGGGCGGAGCUUUUGUCCACGACCCAAAGGUGGCUCAUGAAAGAGAGGUUAAAGGUCAGAUCAGGUUACAGGUCAAGGAUGUUGCCAGACAAACAGUUAUUGUACAGAGAAGCUUACAGGUUACACAGAAGUUGAAGAAUAUCACAAUGAGAACCUUGGAGGGAGUGAUCACAAGACGAGAUGCAGCGGGAGAAAAGAAAAGCAUCAGUUCUAAAUGUGCUGAAAUGGAUCGCGAGAUGAUAACAUCAUUAGGUGUGUCUAAGCCAGUUCUGGAGAACGUGAUCUUCUGUCACCAGGAAGAAGCGAACUGGCCGCUUAGUGAGGGGAAGUCACUGAAGGAGAAGUUUGAUGCCAUCUUCGCGUCUACCAGAUAUGUUAAAGCUCUAGAUACCAUAAUGAAGCUUAAAAAGACACAGGAUCAAGACCUGAAGCUACUACGGCAAGAUAUCACCUACUUCAAACAGCACAAAGACAAGGCAGCUCAGCUGGAGGCUGACAUGAAUGAGUUGGAGAUGAAGCUGGAAGCAUCUAAGGAGUCUGUCUUCAAAGUGGCAGAGAAGCUCGUCCCUAUUGAGGAAAAAUUGGAUCAGAUCAGUGUGAAAGCAGGUGAAAUCUACAAAAUACAAACUGAUGUCACUAAAAACCAGAGCGAGUUAAAACAUAUGGAGUUGGCAGCUGAAGAAUUACAGAAGAACAUUGAGAAUGAAUUCCAAGGCUCCACUGAAGAACUCAAGAAAGUCCUGGCAGAUUUCCAGAGCAAGGUUCAGGAGAGAGAGGAAAAGCUACAAGAGUAUCAACGCCGAAAAGAGGAUCUAUCAAGAGAUGUGGACCGAGUCGUCAAAAACAAGAACGACACCCUGGUGGAUGUUAGUAAGCUGGAACAGGAGGCCCAGAAUCACGAAGAAAAUACCAAGAGACGCGAUGCAUUGAUUCGACAGAUGGCGGAGAAGUAUGACUUCGAUGGAUUUUCAAGAGGUGAAAUUACUGAAGAGAAGUAUCGACAGUUUGUGGAAAAUAUUCGUGAGAAACUUACAACUAUGGUGGAGGAAGGGAAGCAACUCAAGUCAGACUUUGAUAAACAAGAAGAAGAGCUACAACAAAAGAUGGAUGAUUUGAGAGAGAGCAAAACCAAACUUGAACAAAAUGAACGAAUUAAAAAGAACAUGAUGGCAGACAACACAGACAAGAUGAAGCAGAUCAACAGGAAACUGAGUCAGGUGGAGGCCUCUGCUGGUAAACUGGACCAACUGACCAGGGAACUCAAACGUGCUGACCACGACCUACAGAUGGUGGAAGAAAGUCUAGAUGUGGAUAAAACCAAGCAAGAAAUCGCACAGCUCUCAAAGGAGAAGACCAAACUAGACUUGCAGAUUGGGGAACUUAGUUCAGAGAUGAACCGACUGCAUCUCCAGUCAAGUGCCCAAGCACAGCUAGAUGUACUGAAAAAGGACAAGAUCUCCAAGGAGGAGACAAUUCGGCGUCUGCGAGCCAAGCAUGAAGACACUUUAUCCUACCUGAUGGGCCACAUGCCGACGAGUAACAUUCGGGGACAGCUGGACAGCUACAUAGCAAACCAAAAUGAAUCUGUCAAAAAGUUGUCACAAGAUCUCCGUAAAUCUCAGACAUCACUGUCGUCAAAGGAAGCAGAGAAAAAGAUGAUGAGUGAACAGCUUCGAAAGAAAGAAGAUGAUCUAAAAAAUAUGGAGGAGAAGAUCUUUUCUGUGUGUGGUAGUCAGAACUUUGAGGAUGGAAUAGCUGUUCUGCAGACUAAAAAAGCUCAGUGUCAGGAUUCCAAAGGGUCCCUGUUAGGUGCUGAGCAUUUCUACAAGAAGUAUGUCGAGAAACUGGAACAGGAAGAACCGUGCUGCCCUCUAUGCCGUCGUGAGUUCGACACAGAACAGGAAACCAAGGAACUUGUCUUGGAGCUCAAGGAGAAACUACGCCAGGUCCCCACCAAGUUGAGGAAGGCAGAGAAGGACUUAAUGGAAUUUGAGAAGAAAUAUGAUGCCAUGAUGCAACUUAAACCCCUCAGGGAAAAUAUGAGCGUACUGGAGGAAAAAGAAAUCCCAGAAACGAAGAGUAAAGUGAGAAAAACAAACGAGGAAAUAGAAAAGCUGAGAUCAGCCAUAUCUGAUUUUACUGAUGACCAUGAGACUAAGGAGCAGGAUCACGAUAUGGCCAAACAGAUACAGCCAGACGUCGUCCUCAUGGACCGUUACCAUGGCGAGGUCACAGAGCUGGAGAAAAAGAUCGCCGCUCAGGCAGCAACUCUAUCAGGGGGAGAUUCAGGAAGAACUCUUCAAAAUGUCAUCAAUGAAAAGGAGGAUUUUCAAAUGAAAGUAGAUACAAUUACAAGAAAAUUGGACCACAAGAGGCAAAAACUGAAUGACCAUUCCGAUGAGGUACAACGUUUGAAGAGCAACAUCAACUCCCUGAGGGAAGAAAAGCUUCAGAUUGACAAUGAUCUCCAGCAGAGAUACAAACUAGAGGCAGACAAAGCCACACUCCUCAGUGAGAAUGAAAUAUAUGAAAAAGAAAUCAAGGAGGCCGCUACACAGAUACGACCAAUACAGAACCAGAUUGACAGAGCUGUGAAAGAGAAACAGAAUAUUGUUGAGGCUAAGGAAGACCAGAUGGAACAAACCAAAGCCAUGAUUGACAAGGUCAAAAAUGAUGCUACAAAGGUGAAGUCGGUGAAUCAGGAUAUGAAGGCAUACAUUCAAUCUGGAAAGGAAGAGAUGCUGGAGCAAAAGAGAGAGGAACUCGGACAGAUAGAAAAACGACUGGAGAAGAAAGAGGAUGAUCAGGAGAAAGUGAAAUCUUGUAUCGAGAAACUCAACAAAGACCUGGCUACUCAACAGGUACGUGAGCGAGAAUUACUCGACAAUUUAGCUCUGAGGAAGAAACAAAGGGAGAUAGAGAAGGUGGGAAAAGAUCUAGAGGAGCUCCGUAAAAAAUUGGGAGGUGUUGAUGCCCACAACCUGGAGAGAGAUCGAAAACGUCUAAUUAAGCAACAGGAAGACCUUAUUAAAGAGAAACAUUUAGUGGUGGGACGACAGCAAGGAUUUGAGGACCAGAUACGGGCACUGAAGAAAGAGCUUCAGGGUGACAUGUACCGAGAUGCCACCCAGAAAUACCGCGAUAAGAUGAUUCUGCUCAGGACAACAGAACUAGCUAACAGUGACCUGGAGAAGUAUUACAAGGCACUAGACAAAGCUAUUAUGAGCUACCACAGUUUGAAGAUGGACGAAAUUAACAAGAUAAUCCGCGAGCUUUGGAGGAACACGUAUCGUGGCAAUGAUAUUGACACAAUUGAGAUCAGAUCGGAUGAAGAUGAUGCGGGAAUCAUGAAGACGAGGCGCACAUACAACUACCGAGUUGUCAUGGUUAAGGGCGAGGCUGCACUGGACAUGAGAGGGCGCUGCAGUGCUGGUCAAAAGGUAUUAGCAUCACUGAUAAUCCGCCUUGCCCUAGCGGAAACCUUCUGCCUGAAUUGUGGAGUGCUUGCCCUUGAUGAACCGACCACAAACCUGGACAGAGAAAACAUUGAGAGUUUAGCAUACGCACUCGUUGAAAUCAUUAAGAGCAGAAAGGAGCAGAGAAACUUUCAGCUGGUUGUCAUCACCCACGACGAGGACUUUGUGGAGCUGCUAGGGCGGUCUGACUACGUGGACUGGUUCUUCAAAGUGCGCAAAGAUCAAAAUGGUUGUUCACAGCUGGUCAAAGCUAAAGUACAAGACUUGCAUGCCCGGUGAUGACAUUCUGACCAUCUGAGUUCACUGGACUGCCAGCUGAUGACAGGAUCAUCUCCAGGAAGAAGGAUUUGGUCCGACCAGUAGUUAUAAAGAUAUUUUAAGACAUAUCAGAGAUGGCCUUGUUUUGUUGUGAUUGUCCUAAUUUGUCAGAAUGGUGGACACCCUCCCAUUAGGACCUGACAGGGUAAUCUCCAAGAGGAAGGAUUUGGUCCGACCCAUAUACAUAAAGAUCUUUUAAGACCGAGAUGGCCUUGGUUUGUUGUGAUAGUCCUAAUAUGUUAGAAUGGUUGACACACAUUCAUCAGGACAAAUGCAUCUGUAAAUGGAUUUGGAAGAAUAUGAGGCAGUUCCAUUUUGGCAGAACCCUGUUUUGGUGCGAAAAGGUUUAAAAUCGGUCAACCUUUAUGAUAUACUGGUAGUAUUCUUGUGACAUGGUGGAAAGUGCUCCAAACUUAUUGUAAAAUAACAUUAUUUUGUCAUAGCUUUUUGUGAUAUUUUUCUAUGUCAAUGAGAAUUAUGCAUAAUAGUGCUGCCAGGAGUGUUAAAAUGAACAAUGUGUUGAAAUUUCAGAAAAUGCGAUCUACAAAAUGUAUCAGGCCAUGUAAUGUAUAGGUAACAGCAGGCAUAUGCAUUAAUCCGAAAAAGAAUCUGAUGUUAAACCUGCCUUUUGGGGAUUAAAUAUCAUAAAGUAAGAUCGUCAGGAAAUUUGGACAAGCCAAUGUAUGUACAUGUAAACCUAAAAAUGUGAAAUGUGAUGUUUCAUAUUUUUGGUGACCUAGCAUUGGAAAUGUUUGUGGGAUACUAGUAUCUGGAGACAGUAUCUGAAGAGCUGUUCAUUUGAUAUUUUGCUUAUAACAAAUUGCCUGCGAUCAGAUGCUAUGACCCAGUACCUAUUAUCGCUAUGUUAAAUUUUUUCUCACGAACCUGAUGUAAAGAAAUGGUGAUAUUUUAGUAUGUUUUACUCUGGUGAAGCACUGCCAUUUUGUUUAAGUAAAAGAUCGCUAUUAAAAAGUCACAGCAUUCAAAAGUUUUAAAAUGUUGCCACAAAAUGUAUGAGUUAUCCAGAGCAAUGGCUGCUGGCAGUGGUCCUGUUGGGAACAAAAAUGUCAAUUUAAAUGAAAUAAAUGAUGUUGACAAACAUUUAAAAUUAUUGGUUUAAAAAAUGUGGAAUAGUUCAUCUAACAAACUGAACAUCCUAUAACUUACAGUUUAAAAUAGAUGAUAGAAUGCACCAUGACAUUUAAUUCUCUUGUUUGGCUGAUAAUUUUAGGUUGAAAUAUAUUUUGAAAUCACACUUUAGUAGUAAAACAGAUAUUGGAGAGUUUCAGAUCCUUUGUGCCUCUUGUUAAUCUAUUUUGACAUUCCCUGAAUUUAGUGAUGUAUCGGUGGAAUAUAGUGUUGUCUAUCAGUCUAUCAACAAUGUCCAAAGUAUGUUUGAACUUUGUUGGAGUAAAGGGAGAUAAGCCACGUUAUUGUUAAUGAUUGGCAAUAAUUUGUUUCAGAAUUCCAAUUGUAAUUCGAUGAAUUCAAUCUUAUCUGAUAUAUGAAAGGCUUUAUUUUGUUAAUUGUUACACAAAAAUAAACAAAUUAAUGAUG